GGUAACCAAGUGUACUAGAUCCGUUUUAAAAAGAUGGACGUGUUUAGCACGCUAAUAUUUCAAAAUAAAGGCUAAGCUAAUUUUGUUCUGGUCUUUUCUUUCCUUGACGGGUCUAAGGCAAGAAUUAAGGUGCAUCUUGGAGAAACUUCGAGGAAGAUAGUCUUCGAUAAACUAGUGGUAGUUGUAAUUAAUGAAGACCACUUAACAGAAAUAAAUAAAAUAGAAAAAAAAGGCCCUUCCAUUCUCGUUGUUUAUCAAACCGGAACAACUGAUUGUGGUAAAAAUAAACUAGAUUAUGAAUUGAAUUGAAUUAAAUUGGGGAUUGCGUUCUUGAUAUACUUUUUGUUGAACUGGGGGGUUGUGAGUUUCUAUCCUUAAAAAAAAAAAAAUAAUAAUAAUAAUAAUAAAAGGUAGAGUGUUUUGCAAGGUUAAAAAAGAAUUUUUGUUUAAUUUUUUUUUUUUUGGUAUACAUUUUGGCAUUCCAAACCGACUUAUAAUGAGGGUGCUAUAGGUAUUAUUGUGAUACACCGCGGCUUUUAUUGACGGAAAUAGGGUUUGAAUUUGAGAACGGUCUCUAGAUUCAAUUUCAAAGGGUUUUAAGUUUUAACUAAUAGAAUGGUCCGUAUUCGUAGGUGAAAAUAAAAAAAUAUUUGAGUUGAUGCCAUCACCGAAUAAGAAAUUAGGGUUGUUUUUGGAUCAUUUCGAAUCUGCCUAAGGAGUUGGAUCAGACAACGAAUGGACCAGACAUCAGGAUCAUCAACGGGCAAAAAACGCGCGAGAGAGGAAGAUAUUGUAACUAAAAGCGAAGACAUCGAUCAAACUCCUUCACUCGAGGAAAAUUUCACAUUUAGCGAUACGUUGGUGGCCCUUCGCAUUAUGCGUGCUCAAUUUCCUCGCAUUGACAAGGUCUCAGUUCAGCCUUUUAUUUUGCAGUCACAGUUGUAUAGCAGUGUGAAAGACAGAACCCAGGUGGAUAGGGAGCUAGAGUCUUUGAGGAGGGAGAGAGUUUUGCGCAUUUUCAAAUUAAAUACUGGACAAGAUGAUCAUGCCAUAAUGUUUUUGGAUGACUAUUUGGUUCAGAUAGAUCGAAUUGUUAAAAGAAUGGAAGCAAAAAAGCAAGUUGAUCUUGCAGUUUUUGAGUGGUUUAGAACACAUGUUAUCCAUUCGAAGCUGGACCCCAGUAUUGGACAUCAAGAACUUUUGUCACUUCUAUCAACUGGUGGAAAGGUUAAAGAUGAACACGUCUCUCUUUUAAUUAAUGCUGGCCUUCUUACUCGCCAACUUAUUGAUCCAAACAUGUACUGGUUUGCAAUUCCAAAUAUUGGUUCAGUACUCAAAGGUCUCUCUCAGAAAGGAACUCCUUUCCUUUCUAAACCGAAGGAAAUACAAAGAGAUGAUGUUGGCUGUUUUAGAGAAGAAGCGUCUCCGAUUUUCUCAGUUGGAUAUGAGAUUUCACAUUCGAGAUCUGGUUGGUUCAGGUCACCUCGGAACUGCCCAGACACCCAGUGGCUUAGUUAUCCGGGUCUCAAAGGAUUGAAAACCCAGGAAAUACACAAGCUUCAACCGAUCGCAAUUUAGCCGAUCGCAAUUUAGCAAGUAUGAUGCUCUGCUCUACUGCUUGUCAAGCUUAAGAAGAUGUUUACUUGCUCUUUCGUAUUACCAUAUUUUAACAACUUGUAUUAUAUAAUUCCUUGUUGGAAUCACGGACUUGAAGUUUCAGCAAUUGCUUGCAUCAACAUGAAUUAAUGCAAGGUGAUGUGACUGCUCCACUGGGCCUUUCUUAAAAUAAUAAUAAAAAAAUUUGUUCAUUUAAAUUUAUCA